AUGUUCUUCUCUAUAACUGAGAAAAUGGAUAUGUGGUCAUGCUUUAUAGAAAGUGGAAAAAAUAAAAGGAAAGCCGCUCUAUUGUAUAGCCAACGAUUUGGACUUGAGAGGCAAGUUCCUAGUUCAAGUAUUUUUUUAAGAUUGGAAAAAAACCUAAAAGCUACUGGAAGUUUCAAUAAAAAUAAAAAUAGGAAAUGUACCAAAACUACAGAAGAAUAUUCACAAAUUGUUUUACAAAAAUUAGAAGAAAAUCCUAAUACAUCUUUAAGAAUAGUAUCGAAAGAAGUAGGAAUUUCUUAUAGUUCAGUACAGAAAAUUGCAAAAAAAAAUAAAUAUCAUCCAUAUAAACGAAAUACUGUUCAGCAUUUAAAAUUUGAUGAUUAUGAGCGUCGUCUAGUUUGGAUUGCAAAGGUACUUGUUGAAAUCGAAGAUAAUCCUCAAUUCUUGGAAACAAUAUGUUGGACUGAUGAAGCUAAAUUUCACAACAAUGGCAAUGUAAAUAGUCAGAAUUUGCGUUAUUGGUCAAAUGGUAAUCCUCACUGGCACACUGAGAAGAAUUUUCAAGAACGUUAUGGUAUAAACGUUUGGUGUGGAAUCUUUUAUGACAAAUUGAUUGGUCCAUUUUUUUUUUCUGAAAAUUUAAAUGGUGAUAAAUAUUUAGAAUUUUUAAAAACUGAACUCCCCAUACUUUUGGAGGACAUACCAUUAUCUAGACGCAAAAAUUUAGUUUGGCAGCAGGACGGUGCACCAGCCCAUAAUAAAAAUACUGUCAUACAGUAUUUAAAUUGCACUUUUGGUACUAAUUGGAUGGGAACGUACAGUCCAAAAAUAUGUUGGCCACCUCGUAGUCCCGAUCUGACUUCGCCGGAUUAUUUUCUUUGGGGUUAUCUUCAAAGUGUAGUUUACAAAGAAAUGCCUGCUAAUGUAAAUGAUCUUAAACAAAAAAUUAAAGAUGCUUGUUCAAAUAUCCCAAGUCAUGUGUUGGUGAAAACUACUACAAAUGAAUUGCUUAGACGACUGGCAAUUUGUUUGGAAGUAGAUGGUCAUCAAUUUGAACAUUUAUUAAAAUAA